GUGGAGCACAUACAGGAUGCAGAGCACACUGAUGACGUAUCACCAUGGCAACGCCAAGUAUUGUUGGAGGAAGAAGGCUGGUAGAUGUGCAGUUUGAUGCAUUAUUUGCUUAGCCAUCGAGAUUAGCACUUCAGGAAGAUGGACGCAAAAGGACCUGAGCUAAUUUGUCAUCUGAGGUUCCUGGGGGAGGAGGAACUGUUCGUUUGUUCAACCUGUGGUCAAGUUUUACCUUCACUAAGUGAUCUGUGCGCCCAUGAAAGGGUGCACACAGAUGAGAAACCCUUCGUUUGUGAGACCUGUGGUAAAGCUUUUAUGGAAAGAAGUCAUCUUCAACGACACGACAGGAUUCACACUGCUGGGAAACCAUUCGUUUGUGAGUCCUGUGGUAAAAUGUUUAUUCAGCAAAUUGAUCUGUACAGACACAGCAGAAUCCACACUGGUGAGAAACCAUUCGUUUGUGAGACCUGUGGUAAAGCCUUUGCUCGACAAAGUGGUCUGCAUCAGCAUAGCAGGGUUCACAGUGGCGAGAAACCAUUCACUUGUGAGACCUGUGGGAAAACCUUUGCAUACCAAACUGAUCUAUACAGACACGAGAGGAUUCACACUGGUGAGAAACCAUUUGUUUGUGAGACCUGUGGUAAAGCCUUCGCUCAGCAAAAAGGUCUUCGUCAGCAUGGUAGAUUACACACUGGCGAGAAACCAUACAUUUGUGAGACCUGUGGUAAAGCUUUCGCUGAUCUAUCUACUCUAAGCAGACAUGAAAGGGUUCACGAUGGCAAGAAACCAUUUAUUUGUGAGACCUGUGGUAAAGCCUUUGCUCAGAGAAGUGGUCUGUGUCAGCAUGGCAGAUUACACACCGGUGAGAAACCAUUCGUUUGUGAGACCUGCGGUAAAGCCUUUACUCAGCAAACUGGUCUAAACAGACACGAAAGGGUUCACACUGGCGAGAAACCCUUCAUUUGUGAGACCUGUGGUAAAGCCUUUUCUCGGCAAUGUAAUCUAAACAGACAUAAAAAGGAUCAGACUUGUGAUAAACCAUUCGUUUGUGAGACCUGUGGUAAAGCUUUUAAUCGGCAAUCUCAUCUGAUCAGACAUGAAAGGUUUCACAAUGGCCCUAAUGACAAGAAGCCACUUGUUUGUGAGACCUGUGGCAAAGCCUUUACCCGGCAAACCCAUUUAACCAAACAUCAGAGUAUUCACACUGGCCAGAGAGUAUUCGUUUGGCAUGUUUGGAAGCCGAGUGCUCAGUAAAACUUUCCUCAACCAAGCCUUGUGAAGACACUUAAAGACAUCCUCAUGACUGAUAGAGCUAUAUUAGAUAAAUUAGAUAUUACUAGAGUGCUAACUCCUGAUUCUUGUGCUUGGAGACGCCUUGAAGCCGUCCUGGGCGCAGACAUUUUGAAUUCAUGUUCUAUUUGUAGAGCAUGAUGAAAUGAGAUGGAUUGAAUUUUGAAAGUGUACUUUAAAUGCAACGCACAAAUAGCACAUACGCAAACAACUUAAGUACGUCAUUUGUUUAAAAAAAGCCAUGGUUAAUCAUCUGCAGUGGACAUGCGCACACGCGUUGGGCUGUUUGCGUAGAGUAAAAUGUCACGCUCAUUUGCUGAUCUUGCGUUUCGGUUUUGAGUGUAUUGGCUUUGAUAACGCACCUGUAUGGAAUACAAACGCAGAUAUGCAAAUAGACGUACAAAGGCCGUACAAAAUGUCUAGUUCUCCAUAGUUUGUGUACAUUGUAAACAUGGAUGCGCCCAGCAGGCAUCACUUUGAACAUGAGUCAGAGCUCUAGUAAUUUAUAAGCCAUAAGUUGUAAACAAAAAAAAAUUAUAAAAAUAAAUAAAAUAAAACACAGUUGCCAGGAUGCUUAAACUUGUAUUAAGGCUAAGACGAAGCAAAAAAUUUUAAAAAAAAUUCGCCCCUGCCUGCUUUUUUCCCCAGCCU